AUGAAUGGAGCUAUUAUGAGCGAAAAGCCUCGUGUUCCUGAUAUUGUCCUGUGUUGCGCGGCCCAGGGCUCUGAGUCGUGCUGCUAUCGUCGUCUGGCUUCCGCCUUCGUCAACCACGAUGAUCCGAGCGCCCAGGAGACGGUGCUGACUGCCCUGAUCGAUAAGACGGCCGGCAUGGCAGCCCCGGGUGAUGGAGCCGGGUGA